AUGACGUUUGAUAGACAAGAGAUCGAGACAGUACAGCAGACAAUUAUAAAAAAUAUCAAUUCUCAUUUAAAUCAAACACGAUAUUAUGAUGGUUUACUUAUGCUAGAUAGAAUUCUGCCUACUUGUUCUAAGGAUGUGUUAUCCAAAUAUGGUUUAUUCUGGAUAACUAAUGCUACUAAAGUAGUGGAAAACGUGCAUAGUAGUACACAAGAUUUAACACUGGCAUGCAAAGUAUUAGGAUUUCUAAUUGAACAUUGCAAAAACAUACCAGAAUUACAUAAACAGAUUUCUACACGAAAUGUAAAACAGAUCAUAAAUACACUUAAUGCUUUACAAAAAGAUGCAAAAUGUGGAGCAGUAUAUUACUUAAUAGCCGUUUUGCUAUAUCACUAUCCUGAAGUUUGCGAACGGUUUCAGGAAUUGAUACAAAAAAUGAUAUUACUACAAAUUGACUCUACAGAUGACAAUUUAGUUAAUGCAAGCGCAAAAUGCUAUGUUCUUCUCUCUAAAGCGACAGAACGUUCAUUUAAACCAUCAGAACCUACAUUUAUAUAUACCAGAUUAAUAUAUAAUGAAAUGUUGCUUUGUAAUAGUUUACAUGUUAUACUGAAUAAAUUAUUCUAUCAAUUAUUAGAACUGGAAAGUAUAGAUAUCCAGAAUCAAUUAGAAUUACCACACAUAACUGAUAACAUACAUAACUACAACAAACAAAAACAGAGAUUUUCAAAUUUGUGUGUCUAUCUCUCCUCAAUGUUACGUGGAUAUGAAGCAAGAAAUAGUGUUUUGCCUCAGAAUAUUUUAAAGGUUUUGCAUCGAGGAUUGACGAUUACACCAUUAAAUCUAAAGAAUAAAACUUCUAGUGAACGAAUGUUGUACAUAAUCUUACCAAAAUUACAUAUCAGUUUACUCACAGUUCUUGAUGCAUUGAUAAAUGGAUUUGCACAGGAGUUAAUACCAUUUGGAGAAAAAAUAUUAGAAUUACUCCAAGGAAUAUUGCAAUGGACAAGCAUUGACUUAGAAAAUCAAAUAACCUUUAGCAAUAGUAAACAGAAUAAAGAU